UCUCUGCUCAUUGGUUUUGCGUGCGUUUCACUGAACGGUCACUGAAACGCUGUGGAACGUCGGUCGCCGUUCCCUCUAAUUUGCACAGCAUAUUCAAUUUUCCCUAGUUCUGUGUGUAGAAUUACAGAACAAUUUUUUAAUUGACCGAUCAAAGAUUAGGCAUCAUCCGAUUGAGGUCAUCGGGGGGGGGGUGGAUAGUGUUCGUGCGUGGAGUGUUUUCUGGUUUUCGUGAAAAAAAAAACAGGAGAAGGUAACCGUAUGCGGGCCAAAUCGGGCAGCAUCACGAAGUGGUUUACUGGGAAAAAUCGAUUCGCAGUGUGGCAAUUUUCAGCUGGUAAACUCAAGUAGUUCGUUUUGGGGCUAACAGCGAAAGGGAAAAUUGGGGUUCGUCCUCAUUACAUCUUGGGGAAAAUCAUGCUUGGGUCGUCAUUUCUCUGCAGCAUGAUGCAGCAGCAGCUGUCGUGAAUAAGUGAUGCAGUGAAAGAAAACUCGUGAGUGUAGGACCAGAGUGUUGGGUGCGGUGUGUGUGGUUUAAUCUUGAGAAGAAAUCAUCUUGCCCAUCCCCAGUUAACUGGGCAGCUCUGCGAGAAUCCUAGGAGGUGUUCCAGUGCGAUUUUGUCAAUGAACUGUUUGCAUUUUUUGAAGAGUAUUAUUAAAGUACCCAGCUCACCUUGAAAGUGUGGCGCACAAGUCGGUUCAUAGACCAGUGAAGGAUGGUGAUGCUGUGCGAAACAACUCGCGGAAAGUUUGAAUUGGUACGCAAGCAACAAGCCAAUAAUUGCAGCGACAAAAAAUAACCGAUAAGCUGACCCAUCAAAACGAAAGGUUGGCUGCAUUCAACCGGCCCGUACUACAGUGAAACCGUUUAAUACUGGCGGCGUGGAGGGCGGACGUUUAGCAAUUGUGUAUGUUCAAGGAAAUAUGAAGAUUAACGCAAGCUUCAAGAUGGCUACCCCGAUAGAAGAGAAAGUUGAUCAGAAUUUAAAGACUCGCACCGGUAUGGUUAUGAUAAGCGAUGGCAAAAGUAAACCGCAAUUAGCUCGGCUACAUUUAUCGAUGGAAAUGAUCACCAUUCAGAAACAGGACACAUCGACGCCGGCUCCUACACCUACCAGUAUUAAUCAUCCACCAAUAGAAUCUAAGGAACGAAUGGUACAAAUUACCCGACAAAAGGUAGGAGGUCUAGGCCUAAGCAUAAAAGGUGGAGCGGAGCAUAAACUCCCUAUCCUGAUAUCACGCAUAUACAAAGAUCAAGCUGCCGACGCAACAGGUCAACUAUUUGUGGGUGAUGCAAUCAUUAAGGUCAAUGGCGAAUAUAUUACUGCUUGCCCACAUGACGAUGCCGUGAAUAUUCUCCGAAACGCUGGGGAUAUAGUGGUGCUUACUGUGAAACACUAUCGAGCCGCGACGCCAUUUCUACAGAAGCAGUUAAGCCGGGAGACACCGGAAUCGGACAAUGACGCGACCUGUGCCGAACUGAAAGCGGAUGAAGUUUGGAAAUCGGCAAACAACAGUAGACCAGUUUCCAUCAGUUCCGAGCCGGAGAAUCGGUGGAUUGAUUUAGUGUCGGUUCCUCUUAUGAUGGCCUACGUAACCCGCUACAUCUACGGUACGGAUAAAUUGCGACCGAAUGCAUUUGAAGUGCGAGGACUCAAUGGAACAACAACCGGAAUAAUUCAUUGUGACGAACUUGCCAUCCUGAGCCAAUGGCUUAAAUACAUCACCGAUAACAUCGUUGGUCUGACCAGCCUGCAGAUGAAACUGUACAACCGCAACUUUCCGGUCGGCGAACGGAUCGAGUACAUGGGCUGGGUGAACGAAGGGGUCAUCAGCAAUCAUAUCUCGUGGCAAAGCUACAAACCUCGUUUCCUGGUACUGAAGGGCACCGAAGUGAUGCUGUUCGAUGCACCCCCGCUGAACGUGGCUGGCCUGCAGAAGGCAACCGUCGCCUACAAAGUGUACCAGACCAUGUUUCGGGUGGUGAAGGAGUCGGAGACGGUGGACUCGCGGCAACAUUGCUUCCUGCUGCAGAGCUCGGGCCACGAACCGCGAUAUUUGAGUGUGGAAACACGACAGGAGCUACUGCGAAUUGAGAACAGUUGGAAUGCUGCUAUUGUAACUAGUGUAAUUAAGUUAGGGCGUAAAACAUUCGCAGUAUCUCAUCACGGUAAGACUGGUGGCCUGACUCUAGACUGGCAGGCCGGAUUCUCACUGACUGAAGGAGCCGACGCCAGCAUUAUUUGGCAGUAUAAAUUUUCUCAACUGCGAGGCUCCAGCGACGAUGGAAAAUCGAAGCUUAAAUUGCACUUCCAGGACCACGAGACACGCUCUAUUGAAACUAAGGAGCUCGAAUGUCAAGUUCUACAAAGUUUACUCUUUUGUAUGCAUGCGUUUCUAACGGCUAAAGUUGCUUCCGUUGAUCCGGCCUUUUUGAGUUCGAUACAGCAAGCUUGAAUUUGUGCGGUGGCAGACGGUGACGAUGGUGACGACACGGGAAGCCUGCUGCAAGUAACUAUCGUAGAGUUGUAGACUAAGCUUAGCCGUCAAUUGUCGAGUACGUGAGCUAACUUGAAGCUGUUGAAAGCAAAAGAGAUAGAGAAAAUAAAAAAAACAAUCAAAACUAACAAUGUUCUAGAGCUGAUAUCCAGUUCUAUCUACACUAGGUUAGCCUAAUUCCGUAACGCAUACCGAAACGAAGAUAUUAGUCAAGGGGCCGAGUAUUCCAGAAUUGAUACAUUUAAGUGACUAAAAUUGACUGAUUUUCAGAUAAAAGAAAAAAACAUAUAUGCUUUACUUGUAAAAGAAACGAGGUAGCUGAAUUAUAUUUUAGGCUUCUAAACAUCCUUGAGUCAAUCGAAAAUACGAUGACACAGCGAAGUUUCGAUCCAUUGUGUUAUCGAAAGGUGCUAACAGGCGCGAGAGUUGAAGGGAAACUAUAACCAACCCCUUUCCCUCCGAGGUACCGAACUGAACGGAACGGGGAAGCUGCAAAACUGUUAGGUGAAAUUAAAGAUUUCGAACAUGGAGCUCGGAGAAGACAAACUGAAAACCAAAUAGAUUUGAACAUGUUUGCAAAGUACUCUGAUGCGGCGGAACACUCACUAUAGGACGGAUCGAUUUGAAAUGAAUUCCAGAUUAUGUAGAGUUAAUUAGAAUAAACUUUGUGCUGACCAAAGCGUAAGCAAAGAGGAACAUAUGUGAAGUUGGAUGAAGGUGAAUAGUAUCAAAUAAACAGAAAUAAUGUCUUACAACCAAAAUACCGACUAAAUGCGAUACACAUACCGAACGCAGAUUAUACAAUGGGCUGCGACAUGAUGAUUGACUUAGUAACAUUUGCAAACACACACAAAUGAUCUUUUAUUGAUAAAACAAUGCGUCUUAGAUUGAAAACGAUAUGGCACAAUUUUGACCAAACGAGAAAAAAAAUGCAUUGAGAUCCGCAAAAAAAAAUUUCACUAAAUAAUCCGAGUCUACAGGAAGCUUUAUUACAUCCUGAAUUCUGUCGCACAGUUUUCGGUAAUCUCGAAUUAGGAUGGGAUCUCUUAAAAGAAAAAACUAUUUUCGUAAAAAACUAAAAUUUGAUCAACUGUUCGCAACAUCAAAUAUCAAAAUGAAAAUGACAGAUGUGAAAAUCCAACAUUGAAAUUUAUCUGAACAUUUAAAAAAGGAUCCCUUUUGGCACCCUAAGCCUUUGUAAAAGGAGAUUUUUUAGAGGUAUAGGAUUUGAUUUUCAAAAAACAACACAACAAAUUUGAGAAAAUUGAUGAAAAAUUUACUGGAAUCGAUAGAAUGUUCAAUAUAAUUUAAUAUUUGAAGAUGAUUUCAUGCAAAUGUUGGCCGUGGCUCCGCUUUAAAUAACCCAUGCGCAAAGUCCAAUUUUGGCACACUCUCUCCAACAUAUCGGCAGGUAUCUCACGAAUAAUGCUACAGGCUUAUAACCCACACCAAACAGUGACUUUUUGGGAUGCAUUGGUAGCUCUUGUAAUGCUUCUGGCUGGUCUUCACUCUAGGUGCAGCAAUUAUGCUUGUUGGCGAAUGGAUUUCAACCACCAUUUUUCGAUAAAAAAGUGGAUCUUCUUCCAACCUUGCCAGCGCUUAUUCACGAUUAAAUUAUAAACCAAACAAAUUGAUGAUUAAAUUAUAGACCAAACUGAACGAGUUUGAAAAUGACACAAGACAUGAUUCACGCGUGAUCUGUCAAAAACAGUGUUGCCAAAAAAAUCACCCUUUAUUGCAAACAGAAAUUUAGUGACCCUUUAUUGGAUUCCUUUUGUAGAAUUUGACCUCCUGUUUCAACAGAUUUCGCAGCUGAUUCAUAGCGUACAAAACCAAUGCAUAGCCGAUCCUACCGAUACUGAGAAUCCUUUCUCGAACAUACUAUAACUGGCUUGUAAGACCAGCGCUCUAUGCACUGAAAUGCACACUUGGAACCUAACUGUUGUCAAAUGUAUAAAACUCACAACAGUAAGUAAGUCGAAACUGGGUAAAUGCCGGAUUCAAGUGAAAACGACACUAGUUGUAUUUGUCCUACAGAGGCACUACAAACUGCAAAUCAAACUCUCAUGGGCAGAGUUGCAAAUUGUCAGUCAUCUCAAAUGACCUUGACAGACUGUCUAAAAUCAUCGUCAACUGUAAUUGGUACGGUCAAAGUGUCUGUCAAAUGAGAUACUCGAUAGUUCUAUGACCAAGUAGAAGUAUACUCAACCAAAGACAGAUGACUUUUUUGUUUUCUCUCUCAUUCUCCUAUUCCCUGUUGCAGUAAAAAAAUUCCAUGAGAGUACUAUCAUAAACAUAAAUUGAUAAAGUUUUUUUUAAAGUCAUCGGAUUUGGGAGUUUAUUGGUGCACAUGAAUUUAAUUCAAUGUUUAUGCUGCUUGAUUAAUAUUUAGUCAUAUCGUGAUCAAGCAGUGACAAGAGAAAUGAAGAUAAUAUCAAUCGCAUCGGCAAUCAAUGAGCGUCCUGGUGAGUGUAAUAUCAAGAGAAUUUAAGUUUUGACAGAUCGGCUCUCAGACACUCAAUCAGCCAUCUGACACCGGUAUGUGAGCACAAGCCAUUUGAAAGUACACCGAUUACGUUGAGCCCCUCGCGUUUUGAGCCCCAAACACUGCGAUGUUUUGAUACUCAUCGCGACUCUCAAAUUGUGAAAAUUACCUGCUCUUGAUGUCCCAAAACACUGUCUGAUGUAUUUUAGCUAAACCGACAAAUUAUUGUGAGAAAGUCGACCCAAAAUUCACUAAUUUUCGUGCUCUAAAUGAGGUAAACUAUAAAACAAUUGAAUUACUGAUUGUUUGUUUACGUUGCAAUCAGCUGAUGUUGAAACUCCGAUUUUGAUCUCAUCAAGAUGGCGUCGUGACAGGGGGCCGCACUCAAUAUAUGAUGAUUGGUAGAGCCUGGUUGGCAGCAGUGCAGUGACAUAAGCUUCCCAAUCUUCGUCGUGCAAAGUUACUGGUUGAUAGUGACAUUUAGCAGCUCUGCUCAUGGGCACUUGAGUUCAAAGUUGCAAACUUGCGUAUGGUACGGUCAAAUACAAAUAAUAAUACCCCUAAGUCCCAUACAAACGAACCGCCAAUAUUUUCACAGCCUGAACAAGUAAGCCUAGCAAAUUACUCCCUUUCAUUGCGAUAGUUUGAAAAUGUGGAAGGAGAUAGUGUCUGGCAACGCUUUAUGCUAGUUGCUAAGGUGCAUCGUUGUGUUUAUCGUUGCUGUAUUAAACUGCAACAAUCUAAAUAUCACCGGCACUAGCACAAAAGAUGAAAAAUGAACACAAACACCCACGAAUCUACAAAUAUCAAUACAACUAGUAGUAUAUUCAUGGUGGCUUAACCAUUCUAGAUUAUUGUUCAACUUACAUUUCGCUUGUGAUCUUGAUUAUCAGAUAAAAACUGUUUGUUUAUUUAUUUUUCACUAUAAUAAACAGUAACUAUGGUGAACUUGUUCUUACCCUUCAGUGUUGCUGGUUUUGUAGAAAACUCGUUAAAAUACAUUGUCACUUUGACAGUGUAUCAUGACAGUGUACCGCACGAUGCAAAAUGUGUCCUUGAAAAUUUGUCGAAGUAUUCCGUAUUAUAAUUUGUAUUUGGUACAGUUGCGCAACGUCCAAUAAAAAUUUGACAGUUUUGAGCGCUCAUCACGCAAAAAAUAAUAUGCCUUCGAGUGUAGGGUAUCCAAGCAAGUCAAAGUACGAUUUGAAAAUAACAAUACGAGGUUUAGUUGUUGAGAAAAUCAAAUAUUUAUUUAAUUGUCUCUGUUCUCAAUUAUAGUCUACUACAGUUCGACGUGACACUUCCGAGAUCCAUUGCCUUGUACGUCAGAAAGCUGACUUUUGAUCUUACACUGCGCAUUAAAUUUAGCAUAGACUGUUCUCCAACGAUUUUGAAUACUUUUUGCAGUCUUCUUCAAAAGUUAUAAUGAACCUGCCUUAACAUGUUUUCGCAAAUAUGCCUAUGGCAGGGCCCAAAUAAUUUUGACGUGAAUUCGUCUUACUUUACUAUGGGACACCUUUUCAAAAUUCGUCCGGUACAAAAAUGAACAGAAUUUAUUCGUAAAUGUCUCGAGCUGUACUGAGCAUAGCAACAUAAUUCUUUUGACAUGCCAUCAGAAAUAUGAUCAGCAAUUUGUGAUUCAAUUUUCAACAAUGUGAGACAAUCAUAAAUAACUCAAAAAUAAACUUUUCAAACUUCAUCACGCUUACUUUCCUUUCUCAAGUUCGAGCCUACGGUUUUGAGGUAGUCAGAUCAGUCUUUUCAGUCCCGAUGUUCUACUGGUCGAAUGUAAAAAGUAAACUUUGAAACCAUUCAUUUCUUAGUGCGUUAGACGGGGCUUACAAACAAGCAACAACAAAAACAGAACUUCUGCGAGGUGUAAGGUCUGCUUUGGAUUGGAGUCUGGAAUUGAAUUUUGAAACUGAAUCCAGAACCUGGUUCUGGUCCACCUGAAUUCAGAACCUAAUUUAGGAUUUAGAGCUUAUUUUGGGAUUCCAGUUUUUAGAAUUUAGUUCCAGAAUACUGGAUAACAAGGUAAAACUAUGACUCUGAAACUGAAUUCUAAUUCUAGAUUCUGGAACUAGUGUCUUGCAACUGAAUGUAAUGCCUUAAUUUGAGUUCUGAAUUCGUAUCCAGAAUUCAAGUUCAGGAGUUCUAGAACAAAAUUCAUGAUAUGAAGUCUAGACUUGGAUUCUGGAACAAAAAUUUAGAUCUGAACUCCGAACCAGAAUUUUUGAACUGAUUUCUGAACCAUAAUUUAUUUCUUUGAUUUCCAGAACUUAGUUUCAAACUAGACUUUGGAACUGAAUUCAGGUUCUUACAUUAGAUUCGGAAGCUGGUUUCUGAGUAUAAGUUCAGUUCAUGAAUUAUAGAACUAAAUUCAUGAAUUGAGUUCUUGAGAACUGGAUUCUGAAACUGAAUUUUACACUUGAAUUUGGAGCCAGUACCAGGUUGCGAAUUUAGUACUUUAAUCAAGUUCCAGUUCCUGAAUCUAGCGUGAUCGCUCCAAGUAUUCCAGAACGUAAACAGCUGCUGUCAUCUUGUCAUUUUGUCUAGUACGGACCGUGUAGAAUUGGCCACCGGAAGCAUCUUAUAAUCAAAUUUCACGCAUAGGAUUCAUCAUUCAUAAUUGCGCAUGCUGAUUUUCUGCACAUUAGUUCACCGUAUAACUUACGGGCCCUUGAUUUGGCAGAUGCAGCUUGUUUUCCAUUUCUUUCUUGGAUUUUUUUUUUUUGCUUCUUAAAAGUCCUCAGUCCAUUUCGUACUUUUGCUCGAUCAACGACACUGUUGAAGGUUCCAAGCUUUUCAACUACAUCUCGUACGGAAGCACCCUUUUACGGAUAAGGGGCUUUCCAUAAAAGACGUCACGCCGCAAGGGGGAGGGGGGUGUUUCAUAAAACGUGACCUUUUGUGACAGGGGGGAAGGGGGGAGGUUUUUGGAAUGUGACGUCCAAUCCAAUAUUACUGCUUUGCCCUAUUCCCUGAAAAAAAUCUUCACAAUAAACGUUUACAUUCUAUAGGAAAACGUGUAUUUGUUGAUGUAAAAGCUUCUUCUUGUAAAUUCGGAAAUGAGUGAUGCAGGAAAUCAUUUCUGUUGUGAUCAGCAAAAGUGCACGGAGGAGCGAGUAAAUGAGCAAAAUUAAUAAAUUUUGCCAAAUAUGUGUAAAAAAGAAUAAGAUGUCUUCAAACGGUUUAACUUAAGUUAUACACUGACAUUUUUUUCAGUAACUUGAUUUUCUAGCAUUGAUAAUAGUUUAUCAUAAGAAUUUCUCUUAUCUGAUUCUGAUGCAGUUUAUUCAAUUGUACUCCAUUUGAAAAAGGGCGGGAGAUCAACGAUUCCAGACGUAGAUCAUGUCAUGUCUUAUCUUGAUCAUAUGUGAUUUUCCUCCACCAACAUCAAAACUUAUCGAGUCAUCCAAUGAUUGAACUUACAUAAAUCAAGAAUCAUUUUAGCUCAAAAUCACUACCCAUUGUGUGACGGAAGAUCAGUACCGAUAUUGAUCGAUGUGAAUUAUAAUUCACUGAUCAACUGAUCAUGAAAAGAUUCUCCGGCAGUGAUCUCGUUUUGAUGAGGUUUUGGUCUUUAUUUUCUCAGCCCUGUAUGCUACACUAAGGAAAUAUUAUACUUUACCUAAAACAAUAAUAUAUCUAUAUCGAUUGAAUUAUAGAACUAAAUUCAUAUUUGUAUAGUUUGUCAUACAUAUUGAGAAUGUUUUGAGAUGAAUUUUAUUUAUUUUGAAUUCGUGACAUGUGACAUAGAUGGGUGGGGGGUCUUUGCUUCUGUGACAAUUUGUGACAAAGGGGGGAGGGGGAGUAAAAAAUCGUCCAAAAAAGUGUGACGUCUUUUAUGCACAGCCCCUAAAAGCUUGCAAGAUUUUUUGGUCCAGGUUUUGGUUAACAGAAGAGAUGGGCAAUUCUUGAGCCGUUCCAGUGUAUUGAAUAAUAAAAUAGAGCUGACAGCUCUCACUCAGUAGUCUAUGGUACAGUCAGGGAUGCCACUUUUGCCGAUUUUCAACAAAUGUGGCAUAAAAAUUAAGAUUUGCAGAUGUUUGCUAGUAUAUGCGAAAGGAUUAUUUCGCAUGUCUAUCUGCCGUUCGCAGUCGUUUGUGUGGAACCCAUUUGCUAACCUUUUGAAGUUUUGCCAUGUCUCUCAGGCAAUCGAAAAUGGCUUGCCGAGUGACAUUCAAGUGACAGUUUCUCUUUCACAUUUAUCACACAACUCUUUGUAUAAAAUGAUACCCGAAACCUAAAAUAAAAUGAUACCCGAAACCUUAUUAAUCACGUCACAAUAAUCGAAAGAAAAAACUGCCACUUGCUCAUACGGCCUUUUGAAAAAUCAACCGAGAUUUUUCAUUACCUUUGAGUGCCCGAGCGAAAAGAAACUUGUUGAAUCAGUACAAAAUGAUUUUUUGCAGUAACUCAAUUAGAGGUGAUUUUCUGACCUAUCUUUCCAUAAUUUUCUUUGCAUACAAAUGAGAUCUACUUUUGCGUUUACUCAGUGGUUCAAGAUAAACUGCCAAGUGAUCCAGCAGUUUAAUGAAAACUGAUAACACACUGAUGAGUGAAAGACGAAUCGAAAAUUGUAAUUAAAAAUGGUAUGUAUGAUACUUAACUUCAAUUGAUUAGUAGUAAGAAAAACCGCAGAUUGUGUGCUUGAUGAUGAUCAUUGAAGAAAGAGGGUUUGGGUUAAAAAUAUCUAAUUGUCAUCUUCGCUGUUGUGAGUAAGUUGAAAGUAUCGCAGAUAAAUUUAAAUGCUUACCUGUCUAUGCGACAGCUUCAAACAUCAAAUAUGCCCCAAUGUCUUUCAAUUAAUAGAAAAUUUUGUAUCUGUUACCAUCUAACGAAAAUGUUUUGGAUCAUGCAUUUAAACACCGAUUUUCUUUUCUGCAUAAUAAAUAUAUUUCAACUUUUUAUGACUGCAGUAUUUAUACAAUUGGAAAAGUAUCAUCAAAUCUUUCCGUAGUCUAAAGUUUAUUCUACAUUCCACAAACAGUCAAUCGUCACGUCGCUGUCUUUUCAAAUCGCACACAUUCCUUGAAAAUCUCAAAUUAUCAAACCUUAUAAUCAAAAAGAGGCAACUUGCCAAAAUAGUCCCACCAGAGAGCGGAUACGUUUUUAAGCAAAAGUUGGUGAUUAGCUAGAAUAAUCUUAGAACACAACAAAAAAAAAACAAGUAUCUAUUCAAAUUGCUACUAUUUGCGGCGUCUAAACUAAACCUUUAAAAUGGUAAUUGAAUGGGCACAAGUACAUUUUAUAUAGCAAAUGAAAACAAAGUGGUAGAAGAUUAGCAUUCAUCGGUUAGUGGUUCCCGGGUGAGAGCAGUUUUCAACAGGAACAGGUUGGAUAUUGAGCUAGUGAAUUGCUUCCGCAAAACUUUUAAUUGGAAUUGCAUUUACAUAUUGAUUGGCAUUCGAAUGGUCCUGUGUGAAGAAAGAAGGAUUUUCACUAAUCAUUUUACCGGUUUCUUUUCUAGAUAUAAUAAUGCACGGCUGCACACAAAACACUCAUACACACGGAUCAUUCACUUUUAAACGAAUUAGUAAACACACGAGACAUCUAUUACCGGAACUCAACAAUAUUCAAUGCUAUUUGUGAAAAUUAGGAGGUUGAUGUAACCUAACCUCAUCCAUUAGGCGACACGUUGAAAAUUUAUUCUAACUUCCAUAUUGUUAAAGUUUGAAAUUAGUAUGUAAUUUAAUUGCCAUUAGUUACGCUAGAAAAGUUGCUUCCACGCUAUAAAUUCUAUAUUCUAAACAUGAUUUGAAUGCAAAAUUUCAAAAUGAGUUAGAGGAAAACUCUUGUUCACAGAGAUACUGUUUAUAUUUAUCGCGAACAUAGAACCUAUAUAUUUACACCAAACACCGGCACGCACCGCAACAAUAUCUAUUCAGUGUGAAACAGUGUAAUUUUAGUAUCCUUAUAUGCACCACGUCACCAAACGGAAACUCCUCGAUACAGUCGUUAAAUGUUCACAGUAUGUAUUAUUUUUUGAUAACCAUCAGAUCAAUUCUCAUGUACUGCAGAAAAAUGUCAUGACAAACCUAGAACAUCCCGAAUUACUCAACAAUUAUAACGCUCAUAAACGAAUUAGUACCUUUUUACUCCGGAAAAUAAACUCAAUAUUAUACAAACAAA